AUACUAGGUAAUUACACCAUCAGCGGUCUAGACAUAGGCACUCACGACUCACGACCCGUACCGUGAAGUUUCCAACUUUGAAGCAAUGGCAAGAUUUUCAGCUGGCCAAUUAGUUUUUGCCACGUCAUCGGAGCACGAAGCUUCGUAGAGGCAGGUAGCACAGGAUAGUAAUUCGCUCCUUCUUUGCUUACCCCUCCUUCGUCCUCGACUUCCUGGUGGUCGUUUCGUUUACAAUACACUUGGUCUUGGUCGCGCUGUCUCUGUCGAUUAUUUUGCUUUUGAAGCCGAAGCUCCAAGCUCCAGCACUGCACUCGGCGAACAACGGGCUCACCUGUGAUCCGGUUCAGAUUUGAGUGAAGUGUCGUCCUUGUCGACGCAAAUGAGCACAAGUCAAACGCUUUUUCUGCAGUUCGUGGUCAAGUUUUGAUUUUUCGACAAUCACUGAAUAUGAUGCAAUCAGGGUAUAAUAUUAAUGAUUUGUUUCAAGAAGCUCAAACCCGUUGGCUGAAGCCUGCGGAAGUGCUCUACAUAUUACAGAACCAUGAAAAGUUCAAGCUCGCCCCAGAGCCCCCUCAACAGCCUAGUAGUGGAUCUUUGUUUCUAUUUAACAAGAGGGUCCUUCGGUUCUUCCGUAGAGACGGGCACCACUGGCGUAAAAAGAAGGAUGGAAGAACCGUUGGUGAAGCACAUGAACGACUUAAGGUCGGAAAUGCUGAAACUUUAAAUUGUUAUUACGCACAUGGAGAGGACAACCCAAAUUUUCAGAGACGUAGCUACUGGAUGCUAGAUCCGGCAUAUGAGCACAUUGUUCUUGUGCAUUAUAGAGAAAUUAGCGAGGGAAAGUCCAGUACUGGAACUUUUGCACAAUCACCAGUAUCCUCUUCUUCCUUCAGCAAUAGUCCGAGUGAUAAGACUACUCAAAAUAGGGGCUCUAUCUCCAUGAUUAGUGAUUUACAUGAACCUUAUCAGAAUUUAUCAAGCCCAGGUUCUGUAGAAGUUAAUUCAGAUGUAGCCAUCAAGAAAAAUGGAAGGGAGAACCCAGAUAAGUUAUAUGGAACUGGGGAGUCAGAUAGUUCAGCUAAGUUUGAUGUUAGUCAAGCUUUGCGACGGCUCGAGGAGCAGUUAAGUUUGAAUGAGGACAGCUUCAAUGAAUUUGUCGAUGAUAAUCCAAAUUCAGAUAUCAUGGACAGGUUCAAUGAAUUUUUGGAUGAUACAAAUGGUUCGGAUAUCCUGGAAGACCAUAGUGAUAUGACCAAUCAGGAUCAGUUUACUGCCUUCCAUGGACCAGAAUAUGUUGUACAUGAUCAGUUCUAUGGUGGACGUGCUCAGAUGCAAGGUAAUGCAACCAAUAGUGGUGAACAUAGUCAAUUCAUUGGUCAGGAAUUUGCAGAUAGAAACAAAGAAUCUGCACCUUGGAAAGAGGUUCUGGAUUCAUGUAAGCCUUCAUCAGUUGUAGAGCCCAAGGAGAAAUGCUUAUACGAAUUGGACACAAAUGAAAAGUUGCCAUCUUCUUUCAGGAGUGGACCAACUGAAGGUCAGGAGCAUUGUCAGUGGUUAAAUUCAGACGGAACUAAUGUUAAAAACUUUUCUUUGUCACUGCCUGAAGAAGUUGACAGUUUCAAGCUUUCUCCAUGUUCUUCUGCGAUGGGAACACAUUCAGACUAUUAUACAUCGUUGUUUGAGCAAGGCCAGACUGGAACUCUUGAUUCAGAUAUCAGUUUGACUGUUGCACAAAAGCAAAAGUUUACAAUUCGGGAAAUAUCUCCAGAAUGGGGUUAUGCCACUGAGGCUACAAAGGUCAUAAUUGUUGGAUCUUUUCUGUGUGAUCCAUCAGAAUCUGCAUGGAGUUGUAUGUUUGGUGACAUUGAAGUCCCUGCUCAGAUCAUUCAGGACGGUGUACUCCAUUGUGAAGCUCCUCCUCACCUUUUUGGGAAGGUGACUAUCUGCAUUACUUCAGGCAACCGGGUGUCCUGCAGUGAAGUCAGAGAGUUUGAGUAUCGAGUUAAGAGCAGUAGUGGUACUAAUAACUCGCCUCCAACAGAAACUACCAAGAGUGCUGAAGAGCUGUUAUUACUUGUCAGGUUUGUUCAAAUGCUCAUGUCUGAUUCAUCAAUGCGGAACAGAGAUAGUGUUGAACCUGAGACCCUGAGGAGAUUGAAAGCUGACGAUGAUACGUGGGAUAGUAUCAUUGAGGCUUUAUUACUCGGCAAUGGAAGUGCAUCUAGUAACAUAUAUUGGCUUUUGGAAGAGCUUUUGAAAGACAAGUUGCAGCAAUGGCUUUCUUCCAGAUCCCAUGGACUUGACCAGACAGGUUGUUCCUUGUCCAAGAAAGAGCAAGGGAUAAUACACAUGGUUGCUGGUUUGGGCUUUGAGUGGGCCUUAAACUCAAUACUAAGUUUUGGAGUCAAUAUUAAUUUCCGUGACAUAAAUGGAUGGACUGCUCUGCAUUGGGCCGCUCGUUUUGGAAGGGAAAAGAUGGUUGCUGUACUUAUAGCUUCCGGUGCAUCAGCUGGAGCAGUGACGGAUCCCAAUUCCCAAGAUCCAAUUGGCAAAACUCCGGCAUCUAUUGCAGCCAUCAGUGGGCAUAAGGGACUUGCAGGCUAUCUUUCAGAGGUCUCAUUAACUAGCCAUCUGUCAUCCCUUACACUGGAAGAAAGUGAGCUUUCUAAAGGCUCUGCUGAGGUUGAAGCAGAAAUAACUGUAAACAGCAUCUCAAACAGAAGCCUUCACGGCAAUGAGGAUCAGGCCUCACUUAAAAACACCUUGGCCGCUGUCCGGAAUUCAGCUCAGGCUGCGGCACGCAUACAAUCUGCUUUCCGAGCACAUUCUUUCAGAAAACGAAGACAGAAAGAAGCUGGUGUUAGUAUAGAUGAUUAUGGUAUCAGUUCAGAUGACAUUCAAGGGCUUUCAGCGAUGUCAAAGCUAGCCUUUCGUAACCCACGUGAUUAUAAUUCAGCUGCAAUAUCUAUUCAGAAGAAAUAUCGAGGCUGGAAAGGUCGCAAGGAUUUCCUGGCUUUGCGCCAGAAAGUUGUAAAGAUACAGGCGCAUGUGAGAGGGUAUCAGGUCAGGAAGCACUACAAGGUAAUUUGCUGGGCUGUUGGAAUCCUGGACAAAGUUGUACUAAGAUGGCGAAGGAAAGGAGUUGGUUUGCGUGGUUUUCGGCAUGAAACACAGUCCAGUGAAGAAAGUGAAGAUGAAGAUAUUCUCAAGGUGUUCCGCAAACAGAAAGUGGAUGGAGCCAUUGAAGAGGCUGUCUCGCGGGUACUGUCCAUGGUUGAGUCUCCAGAGGCACGCCAGCAGUAUCAUCGCAUGCUGGAGAGGUACCAUCAAGCUAAGGCUGAACUAGGUGGCACUAGUGGUGAAGCAGAUGUACCGAAUUCCCUUGAUGAUACAUUCAAUGUAGAAGACAUUGAUAUGUAUCAGUUUCCCUAGAAGCAAACAUCUAAUUUUUCUAACUUAUGUUGCUCAUUGGUUUACCUAAAUUUCACUGAUCACAUAGUAGAUGUAUGUUGUUAGUAUGGGUUCGGUUUGUACAUAAUGAUCUUGGUUAAUGAUGUAAAGAGAUGUUGAUUUAUGAGUUUUCAUAUAUAUUAUAUCGUUGCUGUUAUUGCUUCC